GAGCGAUCCUGUUCAGUCUUCUAGAGACAGGCGAGUACUUGCUGUGGAGACGUGAGGCAGUGUGGAUGCCAGUGCAGAGUCAAUGUCCGCCGCGCGCGCAAACCGGUCAGAGCGCCAACAGUAGGGUCUGCUAGUAAACUCACUUAAUUCGGUUACAUUCGUUUUGUGAAAUAGGGCAUUAACCACAAGAGCUUGUUGUUUUGUAUUCGGACCUUCAUUUAAACUUUUGGUGGUAGUUUGGUUUUUCAUAAACAGCGUGUGCAGGAGACAGAAAAGCACUUUUUAUAUUAUAGUUACUCUGUAUUGUGCGUGUGAAUGUGUUUACAUUGUUUCUUGAUGUUCAGAACUGAGAUGUGCUGAAAAGAAAGUGCAGUAACUGGCAAGAGGACUUCAGACACAGGAAGAUCAGCCGUCGGGAGUGACCAGAAUACGGUAGAGCCGAGACAUUGCUCCGCUGUCAGUGCGGAAUCUGAUGCCGAUAGUGUGACGUCAUCAGCUCCUCACAAUGCGUUGCUUCUGCAAGAGAAUCCGCACUCACCAUGUGAAGGUGGUACUUCUGGACGAGCAGGAACUCAUACAGGAAAUACAGGACAACAGCCCGGGUCAGGAGAUUUUGGACACCGUGUUCCGUCACCUGAAUCUGCUGGAAACCGCAUACUUUGGCCUGCGAUAUCUCGACGCCUCCAGUCAAACGCACUGGCUAGACCCGGCAAAAAAGAUAGCCAAGCAGCUCAAAGGCACCGACCCGUUCACUUUGUAUUUUGGAGUAAAAUUUUACGCAGCUGACCCCUGCAAGCUACUGGAGGAAAUUACCAG